UGAUGGGCUGUCAAACCGCAUCUAAAGUACUCUACCAAAGAAUAAUAUCCACUCCUGACCUACUCUGAAGAAAAAUAUUUCAUUCGAUCAAUGUCGCAGUCUCCCCCGCAGGGGAAUUACUCUUGAACAAUAGGUGAACCCUAAGAAAAGAGCAACACUGGACCAUGUGAUACUUGACCUUCAAAGAAAGAACUCAGGUACACUCCAGAAGAUGUCAAAUUGGAUCUGAAGCAGCUCUCGAGAGGAUCGCCCAGCUCAUAAUUCAAGCACUUUUUCAUGUUUUGUUUUAUCAUUACUCAAACACCAUGGGCCAAAAGUGACAGAACAUAGUUAUUUUUGCUGGAUCUUCAUCUAAUGAGGAGUACCAGACAUCUCACCAUGGAUUUGAAGGAGAUUUUCUUCACCAAAGAGCAACAGUGAGAAACAUCAGAGUGGAGGGGGGGGAUUGGACACUGGUGGCUUGGAGGAUUAGCUAGAGUGCUGCUAACCCAUGGUGGAUCUGCUGUGAGUGGGGAAAGGGACUCAGCGGUGGAGGAUGUCAGCAGAGGCCGAACUCCAGCCGGGUGUCAAAACCAGCCAGCGAAAGGAGUCCAGGAGGAUCAAAGGUCAGGACCGCAGUGAGGCGGGGCUUAUUAAGCGUUUCCGCGGAGAUGGCGUGCGCUACAAGGCCAAGCUGAUUGGGAUUGAUGAGGUGACAGCCGCACGCGGGGACAAGCUGUGCCAGGACUCCAUGAUGAAGCUGAAGGGAAUGGCUUCCUCGGCACGUUCCAAAGGGGAGCACAAGCAGAGAGUCUUCUUGACGGUGUCUUUUGGCGGGAUCAAGAUUUACUGUGAAAGAUCAGGGGUGCUCCUUCAUCACCACUCAGUCCAUGAGAUCAGCUACAUUGCCAAGGACACCCGGGAUCAUCGCGCCUUUGGCUAUGUCUGUGGGAAGGAGGGCCACCACAGGUUUGUGGCCAUCAAGACCGCGCAGUCUGCGGAGCCUCUCAUCAUUGACCUGCGUGACCUCUUCACACUCAUCUACGACAUAAAACAGCGGGAGGAGAUGGAGAAGAAGGCCCAGAAGGACAAACAGUGUGAGCAGGCAGUGUACCAGACUAUCCUGGAAGAUGAAGUGGAUGAUCCAGUUUACCAGUACAUAGUGUUUGAGGCUGGACACGAACCCCUCCGUGGCCCCCAGUCAGAGGAGAGCGUUUAUCAGGUCCCAACCAGUCAGCAGAAGGAAGGGAUCUAUGAUGUCCCAAAACGCCAUUUCAUGACUAAUAUCAACCACUUUGAUCUUUUCGGCGACAUGUCAACUCCUCCUUCGAUGCCCCCAUCACCUGCCAACACGCUGGACCCUAGCAGGAGCAGCCGCCAGCAGCAACACACUCCUGCUGAGCUGUACGCCCCCUUCAGCCCCACCUCUGUGCCGUCAGGUUAUAUGACCAUGGGUCCUGUGCAGGCAGCACAGUGGGCUCAGCAGCCAUUUCCCGCCCAGGCUCAGACUCUGGCCUUCCCUGUGCAGGCACCUCUGCAGGUGGCUCAGGUCCUCCCCAGUGGUCAGCCGGUCAUCUGGAGCCAGGCCAACAUUUUCCCUGCCACACAGCAGCAGUGGGCAGCUAUGGCAGCCUACAUGCCGGCCCAGACAGUGGGCGUGGGGGGCCACGCCAUCCCGGCCGCCAUGCUCCAGGGCUUAGUACCCAUAACCACAAUGUGCCCCCAGGCCUGCGACCUAUCAGCCCCGUCCUCGGCCAUCACCAGCCCCCAGCAUACGGCCGACCCCACCCUGCUCCAGAAGCAGCUCAGCCUGGGUAAAGAAGGCCUCGACUCAGAUGCAGGUGAGGGUCCUUCCACAUCGGGAGCAGCUGUAUCAGUAGAACCUGGUGGUGUAUCAGCAGGGGUGAGCAGGUGCGGCACCCCAGGCCUCAUGAGUGUACCGGACACACUGGCCUGCAGUCAGCUCCUGCCACCUCCAGCUGCUGCGACCCAGGAAGAAGAAGGGAGCUGUAGCGACCUUGAUCUCUCUAGGAUGACUCUGAGUCCCGGUACAUCGACUUCACCGUCUACUGAGUCUCCAUCCACUCCAGCCCCACAGCAGAGCUCAUCUUCAGACUGCCCCCCUUCCCAAGGCAGUGACCCACCCACAGAUCACUCCCCUGUUGACCCUGAGGGCAACUCCAGCAACGCUAAGGAGGAACAAUCGGGCUCUGCCGUUGUGCCCAGCGAAGCUGCUGAUCCUCCACAGGAUCAGACAUGUCCACAGGAAGACAGCAGAGCAGAGUGUCUUCUCCUCAUUCACAGUCAGUCACAACACACAAACAUGCUUUCUAUGGUGAUACAGAGCAGUGCAAUCAAUUUGCACAGCUGUCUGCUCCACGUUACUUUGAGCUUGGUGCUGCUAAGUAAUGUUGCAGUGGCCACAGGAAGCAAUGAAGACCCUAGCAGUCGUCAAGCCCGGUCAGUGGGUGACCCAGUGGUAAUUCACCCAGUGGAUUGCAUUUUGUCAGAGUGGAGCGCAUGGUCACGUUGUGACAUCUGUCAAAAGAGGAAAUAUCGCUAUGCUAAAGUGGAGCAGCCUUCUCAGUUUGGAGGGGAACAGUGCAAUUCCCAUGCCAGGGAGGAGGAGGCCUGUAAUGUUCCAGCCCGCUACACUUGUGACAGUGUUCCUCUCUGUGAGGGCUUCCUCUGCACCCAAACAGGUCGCUGUAUUCCUAGAACUCUGCAGUGUAAUGGGGAGGAUGACUGUGGGGACAUGUCAGAUGAACAUGGCUGCAGGAAGGUUCCCAAGCCCUGCAGGCAGGAGGCUGAGGAGUACUGGGGAAUCGAAAACCUUGCCAAAGGAAUAAACAUCUUGAACAGUAACCUGGAAGGAGUGGUGCUUGAUAACAGAUACUAUGCAGGCAGCUGCCUGCCCCACUACAUCCAGGAUGUCAGAUUCAGGAAGCCCUACAACUUACAACAGUAUACCUUUCAGACGAGAGGCUCCUAUGAUUUUAGCCUGCAGGCUUUUGAAUCCUACUCUGACUACAUGGACUACACCAUGAAGGAGCGCAUGAGCAAAACCGUUGUUUCCUUCGGCUUUGGCAUUCCAGGAAUUGUCGAGUUUGGCUUCAACUACAAUGAUAACAAAUACAGCAAGUCAGUUAAGAAACUUCGCAGUGCCUCUGGGAAGACAAACAGCUUUGUGAGGGCCAAGGCAGAGCUGGAGUUGGCCCAGUACAUGCUGAAGACGGAUGAUUUAAUGCUACACCCCGAGUUUCUGCGGCGCCUACGCUCCCUGCCGCAGGCUUAUGAUUAUGGGGAAUACAGGCAGAUUUACAGGGACUAUGGCACCCACUAUGUCACCGAGGCUGCCCUCGGAGGAGACUAUGAGCACACCAUUAUUUUGGACAAAGAGAAGCUUGCAAAGACAGAAUAUUCUUUAGAAGACUACAAGAACUGCGUACAGGCAGGUUUAAAGGUUGGCGCAAACAUAUUCGGUGUCUAUGUAUCAGUGGGGUUUCACGGGGGAUCCUGUGAUGGCCUGCUGAACGAGAUGGGAGAGGAGAAAGGGACUGAGAGUGAGGUGGAAGACUUUGUUGCUAUUGUAAGAGGUGGAAGUAGCGAAUCCGUCUCUGCUUUGUUGUCCAAGAAGCUUCCCACCCCUGAACUAAUGAGGCUAUGGGGUGAAGGUGUGCGGUUCAACCCUGACUUCAUUCGCCAAACGACACGGCCACUCUAUGAGCUGGUGACCUCCAGAGACUUUUCCCAUCAUGCUAUCCUGAAAAGAAACCUGAAGAGAGCCCUGUCAGAGUACCUGGCAGAGGCUAGUCCGUGCCGGUGUGCUCCCUGUCGCAACAAUGGAGUGGCUGUUCUGAAAGGUACAAAGUGUGACUGUGUGUGUCCUGUUGGCUAUACUGGAAGAGCCUGUGAGAUCACUAAUAGGAAAAAAGAAAUAGCCAUUGAUGGUAACUGGAGCUGCUGGGGUGCGUGGUCAUCCUGCAGUGGAGGGCAGAAGACAAGGAGUCGACAGUGCAACAACCCUCUACCCAGCAAUGGAGGCAUGGCAUGCACAGGACUGCAGCAAGAGUCUACUGCCUGCUUUUAAAAUCCCCUGUCAAAGAUGCCAUAAAGAUUUAUAAAAGAGAUGUUCAGUGUCUGGUACAUUUGUCUUGUAUUUGACUGUCCAGUGUGACAUGAUGAUUCUCCUUGACAAUGCUUCAUCUCCUUAUGCAAGUAUUAAAAAAAAUGUUAACCCCAAUG